AUGCCAGUCACGCUUGACCAAGUCGAGUACUCAGAGGCGACCACGGUCGCCGCCGUGACCGACUUCUACGCAUUCCUGACCAAAAUGUACCUUCCCGAGUCGGCCAUCGUGCACCCGCCGCCAGGAGGAUGGCCCACAUUGACCUCUGAUCUGUCGGAACUGGGAAAGUCGGACGAGGUGCUCAGCCUGCUCGCCCACCUUCCGUACGUCCGCCAGGGUGAUGAUCUUGACGAGGGAGAGAUACCGGAAGUCACACCCGGCGGCCGCUGGAUCGACUGGCACACGUCCGGCAUCUGGGUGCGCGAGGGCCGCAGCGACAUUGACGAGCUUCGCACCAUCAGCGAAGGCCCCGCCAUCAUGGAGAACGUGCCUGAGCACGUCGUCGGCCUGACAAUGAGCGAGCACCACGUCUUUCUGCUCGACACGGAACUCGGCAUCGUCUACUGGCCCGAGUGUCCCGGCCGCCUCCGCGACGGGCCCCGCUGCAUCGAGGACGACCCGUAUGACUACUGCGACGAUGACGAGGACGCAGAGUGGCGGGCCGACGGUGCCGCCUGGUCUGUCGCUGACUUCUUCAAGGUGCUCAAGGCCCAGUACCGCACGCUACGCUGGGUUCCAUGGAACGAGUACGAGGUCUUGGAUUCGGAGAGCACGACGAGGCGUCCCAUACCGGCGCUUCAGGAGGUUUUCCGCCGCCACGGCUGGCCAAAUUCGCCACAGUAUCGCAAAGAGGACUGCUUGGAGGAGACGAAGGCGGUCAUGGGUGCAGCGGAGCAGGGAGGCGAAGAGGAGGGGAGCGAUGAAGACGGCGCUUAG